GUAAUUUAAAUCUAACUCCCUACCAUGCUGAAUAUAUGGGUCAUAAACUUCAUUUAGACCAAAAUGAAAAGCUUGGGAUGUUUGGUGUUACUCAUGUUUUGGCUGUUGAUGGCUACAGCAGCAAAAUUGUUGGACAUUUGACCAUGCCAGUGAAAAACAACCUUGUGAUAUAUGAGGAUGUAUACAGAUCUGCAGUCGUGAACCAUGGCAUGUGGGACCAAGUUAGGGUUGAUCACGGCAGGGAGUUUUACCAGUGUCUUUACAUGCAGGAGAUGCUGUCAAGAUACAGACACAACCUCAGCAGGCCACCAUACCUCCAAACCACAUCAACAAGGAACCUUCGAGUGGAGAGGUUGUGGCCAGAGGUGAACAAUCAUGUGAAUUAUCCACUGAAAUGGGCUCUGGUGCACCUGCUGGAUCAAGAGGUUGUGAACAUGGAGGACAACCUCACUAGAUUCUGCAUCUCAAAUCUGACAUGUCAAGUAAGCCAAAUUGGACUUGACAGAGUGGUGGAUUCAUGGAAUGCACACAAGAUCCCAGGUCAUGGAAUACCCAAUGAACUGGCAGCAGGUGGCUGCCCAGCUAAAGUCUCAGAGGAGCUGCUGCCAUGUGCUUCUGUUGUGGCAAACAUGUAUGAGCAAGACUUGGGAUCCUCACAGACUUGGAAGUCUGCUUUUGGAGCUGAUCCAUUUUCAUCUGAAGAGGGCAGAUGCCAUGCAGAACAGAGCUUUGCAGAGAACUACCCUGACAUCCCUCUUCUUUUUAAUCAUGUGGUAAACAACGAAGAUACUCCUUACCAAGAUGCUUUAAUCUGCCUAAUGAAUGUGACUGCAAGAUAUGUCUGAAAACAAAACAGUUUUAGUUGUGCUUUCUCACAACCUGUGGUGUUCUUGAGUAACUGAAUAAGCAGACCAUUUGGUCUGUUUUUUACAUAUUGAAAAACCUGGAUGUAGUUAUUGAUUAAUAUGUUACAAAGCUGCCAUGUCCCUAAGUUGUCAGUUGAAUAAUUUGGCAAAUAAAGCUGUAUUUUUUUGAA